AUGGUCGAACUAAAGCCUAUAUUCAGAAAGGCUUAUUGGUCUCUCGCGGCCGGCGGGCUGGUCUAUGUGCUUUUCAUCUACUCUUUGACAUAUACCCAAGUCCAACGACUUUUCCUUUACGCCAACAAGAUCAAUCCGACUCUGUGGCAGGAUGUGAACCAGGUCGAACAAUUCGGUUUCCUCAAUACCCAGGUCCAGCCAUUCAAUCUGAAGACUCCAGAUAACGAGACCUUAUAUGGUUGGCAUCUGUUGCCUCUUCAUCUUUGCUACCAUCAUGAGAAGGAGCUUUCCGAGAACCCUCCUUCUGGCCCCGCUGCGGACUAUACGCAAACAGCUGCAUUCAAACUAUUGGCCAACGAUCCGAAUGCUCGAGUGGUGGUCUAUUUUCACGGAAAUGCUGCUCAUCUUGCGUCCGCCUCGCGGCCUCAGAUAUAUAGCUCUAUGUUGGCCCUUUCCACUCCAUCUAAUCCCGUCCAUGUCUUUGGCAUCGAUUACCGCGGCUUUGGGAUUUCGACCGGGAGCCCGACGGAGGAGGGCGUCAUCACCGACGCUGUCUCGCUUCUGAACUAUCUCACAGCUGGUCCUUACAAAAUUUCCCCGUCUCAGAUUGUGAUUGCAGGGCAGAGCCUAGGCACCGCCGUCACUGCGGCGGUGGCCGAAAGAUUCGCAUUCGGGUCCCCUGACCCAAAUGCUAUCCAACCAGCUAUCAAAGAUGCCGAACCCUUUGCGGGUGUCAUCUUAAUAGCAUCUUUCAGCAGCCUGCCGAAUCUGAUCCAAUCAUAUAGUAUCAAAGGUCUCACUCCUCCCAUGCUAUCGCCACUAGUUGGCUAUCCUCGCUUCCAAAAAUGGGUUAUGAGCCAUGUCGUGGACUACUGGGAUACUGCAGCAAGAGUUGCCCGACUCACGGGUAUUGGCUCUGUUCACCCCGAUGCAUCCGGCUUGGAAUACUCUCACAAGGAUCUUGACCUUACCGUGGUGCAUGCUCUGAACGAUUUUGAAAUUCCAUGGUAUGAGGGUCGACGUGUCUGGGCUGCCGCUACCGGGGAGGAUACUGCAAAUGCCCCCGGGGCUCUGAUCCACGAGAAUAUUGAAGCGGGUCGGAGUAAGGAGGUGAAGGUUUGGGCGAACAAAGUGGCUGGAAAGAAUGGUAAAGAUGCGGUAAAGACAGUCAGGUGGGAGCGUGUUCUAUAUGGCGGACACAAUAAUGUCGCGCAAUUUUCAGCCGCUGGCAUUGCGGUUCUUCGUGCGUUCGAAAACUAA